GGAUGUCUGAAAAUGGGCACGUCAGGCACAGCGUAGUGGAGAUCGGAGUCGGCGGCCUCUCCUGUCUCUCCUCUCGUUGCCAUGGAUGCUACUUUCGUUGCCGGAACUCCGCUCCUUUCCUUCGUACGACCGCCUGGUAAGAGGGUUGUUGUGCCCCGUGCCACAGUCUCUGCCUCACCAGUGACCAAAGCCGCCUCCUAUCAGCUGAGGGAAGGGCAGUCUCGCCUUUUCCAUCGCCUGUCCUCCGGUCUGGCAAUGGAGGUCAUCUUCCAGGAGGGCCAGAAGGUGGCUGCUGCAGAAGAAGGUCGAAGGACUCCGCCUCUAGUGUUCGUCCAUGGGAGCUUCCAUGCGGCCUGGUGCUGGGCCGAGCGCUGGCUCCCGUUCUUUUCUGACUCCGGCUACGACUGCUACGCGCUCAGUCUCCUGGGGCAGGGUGAAAGUGAUGUGCCAUUAGCGGCAACAGUAGCUGGUACUCUUCAGACUCAUUCUGGCGAUGUAGCUGAUUUCAUUAGAAAGGAAGUGAAAUCACCGCCUGUUAUGGUUGGACAUUCAUUUGGUGGCCUCAUUGUUCAAUCUUACAUUUCAAACAUGGAAGAUUCCUUUUCCUCCGAUCAAUCAUCUCUUUCUGAGAACCAUUCUUCCUAUCCGCUGCUUGCAGGAGCUGCACUGAUAUGUUCUGUGCCUCCUACAGGGAACAGCGGUCUUGUUUGGCGGUACCUCUUGACCAAGCCAAUUGCUGCUAUAAAGGUGACUCUCAGUUUGGCUGCCAAAGCUUUUGCUAAUUCAUUGCCAUUGUGCAAAGAAACAUUUUUCUCCUCUACAAUGGAAGAUAACCUUGUCUUAAGGUACCAGGAGCUAAUGAAAGUUAGUUCAAAGCUGCCGCUAUUUGAUCUGAGGAAGCUUAAUGCAGCAUUGCCUGUCCCUUCACCAGGAAAAGGCAAAGUGAAGCUCCUGAUACUGGGUGCUAGUGAUGAUUUUAUAGUUGAUGCAAAAGGGCUGCAGGAAACUUCAAGAUUUUAUAAUGUACAACCAGUUUGUGUAUCAGGAGUUGCUCAUGAUAUGAUGCUAGAUUCAUUGUGGGAGAAAGGUGCACAAAUACUUCUAGUUUGGUUGCGUGAUUUCGAUGAGGUUGCUUGAUUCUUUUUUAUUUUUCUUUGGAAAAACACCUGAUGUUAUCAUGAUUCACGAUGAAGAUUUAAAAGAUCUGUGCCAAUGCUACGUA